ACGCAGUGGAAUAAAACGAAUGCAGAUCUGUACUUACGUCGACCCGGGUAUGUGUAUUAGUUGGAUCGUUGAGAGAUGCCAUUGGAAUGUGGAAUGUGUGAGACCGGUUUAAUGGGAUUAGAAAGCAAUUUUCCGACCCGUACCGUUGUACUGCAGUAUUUGGUAUGCGGGGUUGUAGUGGUUGCGUGACGCAUACGCUGCUGAGGUGCCUUGUGAAAGGGGGCAAUUCGGGUCAUUCACUCCGGUGUGAUUUCUUUUUCCCGUGUGUUGCACGCUGAAGCUUUCGUAAAAUGUGACCCGUACAUGGAGGGAAUCAAAUGUUUCUGGGAAGUAUAGAGUGUAGAUGUAUGUGUUGUUUUAUUUCAGUAAAAGUGUCCCGUUUAAGCUUUCCGCUGAGCAGAUGAGAUUCGACGUAUAAAACCCGCAUCUCCGGUGUUUUUUGCUACGUGGUGGUUUGAGAGAGAUUGUGGUUUUAUGUUUCUUGUUGGUGUUAAACCUCGGAGCUUUGGAUGUAUCAGUGUGUGGUGGCGUCUCACCGACAGUGUCUGUUACGGUAAUUGACAAUUUGUGUUGCGGUCAGCAGAAGCAGAGCCUGUGAAUUGCGAUCGCAAAACCACGCAAAGGAACAAGCGUGAACAGCAUGCGGUUGUGGUAAAAUAACGUCAAUUGCGUUGCGUUUUAUUGGAUACAUUUUUUGAACAUGCAUUUUUAAAAAAGCGGCCGAAACAAACACUGCCAGAUUUGGAUAAAAAGCAAAAAGGACGUAUUUACUACAGUGAUGGCCGCACUGCGCUCUCAGAAUGGAAUAAAUAUAAUUUUCCUUUUCAUCGUUCAUUUAAACCACGGCAUUACAAAGUCACUGCAGACCUUUUCGGAGGAACAGUUCCUGCUGGAGCUGAGUGAUGAUCGCAGCAGUUCACCGGUAACGCGUCCUCCGAUACGCAACCGGACACCGCCGUACCUUGGCAAUCUGCACCUUGGCUUUCACCAGCACCACCAUCAGCACUCAGAGACGAGCGAGAACGAAAUUUACGACUCGGACGAGAGUAAUCUGCUCCGGACGCCGCUCGACCGUGGGCCACACUUUGAUUUGUCCGCCUCAAAGAACAUUACAGCACUGGUCGGAAAGACGGCCUAUCUCAACUGCCGGGUGAAAAACAUUGGCAACAAAACGGUGUCCUGGGUGCGGCAUCGUGACAUUCAUCUGUUAACCGUAGGUAGAUUCACCUAUACGUCUGACCAACGUUUCCAGGCUGUACAUAAUCCCCAGACUGACGACUGGUCGCUACAAAUUAGAUACCCCCAGAAGCGGGACACGGGCGUGUACGAGUGCCAGAUCUCCACUACGCCACCGGUCGGGCACUCAAUGUUCCUCGCCGUCGUAGAGCCAAUCACCACAAUCGUUGGUGUGCCGGAUCUGUACAUCAACACGGGGUCAACUGUAAAUUUAACCUGUAUAGUGCGGAACUCACCCGAGCCUCCUUCAACCAUUUUUUGGACCCACAACAAUCAGGAGAUCAACUAUGAUUCACCCCGGGGCGGUGUGUCGGUCAUAACGGAGAAGGGUGAAAUGACGACAUCGUACCUGCUAAUACAGCGCGCCCGUACCACCGACAGCGGGAAGUACGUCUGCUCCCCAUCGAACGCCGAUCCUUCCACGAUCAACGUGCACAUCCUGAAUGGUACCGUGCGACCGCCCUACUCGCUAACCGCGUCCAGGGCAAUGACAAAUACGACAGUGUUCGCCCGAUACUGGAAACAUUUCAGACAGUAUUUGUCCAGGCUACCAUUGUUGGGCUCCCCGCUCAAGCGGUUAGCAUUGCCACCCAGCCAGUGGAGUUUGCCGCUGAGUUUAAUGGUGCCGAGUAUUGUAUCAACAGCAUUUUUCCUGAAAAUCCACGCGUGGACCAACAACUGUCGGUGGUGACGGUGAAGAAAGUCAUCGUAGAACUCUCCCCUGACCAACAAGACAAGACAGGAAGGGAUAAUAGGAGAAGAGAGCUUUGUUAAAACUCUUGUGCAUCCAAGGUGGUGUAAUAAAAUAAUUUCGAAGUAAA